UUCCUGUUCCACCCUCCUGGCUCUCCAGUGAACAGACGGGUGGUGUGUUUUGCAACGAGCGGACACAUCACCUCAUUCUGAUCAGCAACGAGCCAGCAACUUGGAAGCAAGUGGAGUGGCUUUGUGUGUGUUCAUACCUGCAGGGACCUACGCGAGGGCUUAUUUUUAAGGAGAAGGAAGGACUUGAGUUUCAUCAGGAGUGGAAUUGACUAGGUGUCCUCCCACUGAAGAUGAGUGGGAGUGGAUGUUAGGACUCUUGGAGCAGCGAUAUCCCUUUUGUGGCGGCUGGAGUCAUCUCACUGCUUUCCUGCGGGGGAACAAUGACAUGUCACUCUUUGCACAUACGGACUUGUACAUCUGCAGUGGACAUUUAAUUGCAGAUCAUCGAUGCUUAUCAGGGACUACGGAGCACAGGGUCCCGGAGUUCAGCGCCUAAUAAAAAGCAAAAGAUCGUGGAGAUGCUAGAAACUUCAAGCAGCUGUUAAAUGAGAAUGGAGCCCAUUAGGAAAGACAUGGAGCUGCUCAGCAACAGCAUGGCAACAUACGCGCACAUAAAAGCCAACCCGGAGAGCUUCGCCCUCUAUUUCAUGAUGGGCGUUUGUUUCGGCCUCCUCAUGGCGCUUUGCCUCCUGGUGACCGGCAUCACCUGCAGGUCACGCCGCCGCAUCGGCAGGCCUGUUCCGUCCCCCGAGAGGAGGCAGCUUAAGGAGUCCAGCGAGGAAGAGGAGGAGGAGGCGGAGGAGGAGGAGAGCGUAGCGGAGGAAGAGGAAGUGUUAGGGAGCCACAAAAUGACUCUGGUCCCGACGGACGACCGAAGCACGCGGUCCGACGGCACGCUGAAGAGCGUCGACGUCUUCGCCUCGGUCGAGGAGCUGGAGAAGGCCCGACGUCUGGAGGAGAGGGAGCGCAUUGUCAGGGAGAUAUGGAGGAACGGACAGCCCGACAUCCUCGUCACUGGGACCGGUACUAUCGGACGGGUCCAUUACCACUAAGGUCCCAAACGGCUCUAUCAUGUAUUUUCAAAAGGGGCAUAAUAGGCAUUUUUUUCUUUCAAUUUUCAAACAGGUUCUAAAACAUGUCAGCUACUCUCAAAACACCCCGAAAAUCAAAAAUUGUAGUACAUUCAUAAAUUACGCUGUGUGUAAGUGGCGCACGGCCAUAUCGCCGAACAUCUGAAUCUUCUUCAACACACAUGAACAAGUCACACUUAUCUAACGCAAAUCUGCGCAUCCUUCAAACUCAUUGCAGCUCCGCUUACCUUUCGGCUCGAGUUUAAUGAGCAGCGAUGUCGCACCUGUGGAAGAUGUCCCAAUAUUUCUGCAAUCAAAGGUAUCUCCAAUGUCGUCAUUUGAAAGUGGAUUUGUAUCUUCGCCAAGUUUAUCUGUCACGUCAUGGGACGGAAUACUCCGCCAUGGGUUGGAUUAUGUAAAUUAGCCCCAUUAUCACAUGGGCGUGGGAGGUGGGGGGGGGUGUUAAUACCAAUCAUCAUUUAACAUUUGAUGAUUGGUCAGACGCAAGUACUUUAUUGAAAGCAUUAAAAAGUGCAUUUCCCAUAAUCUGUUGAAUCAACGAGAAUAGGUUGCAUACAAUUGUUAUCGCGAUCACAUUUUAGAAAUAAAAAGACAGCCAUGGAAGUGUUUUGUCGACGUUCCUCCAUACAAAGGAAUGUCUGUCUUGACUGAAUAAAAUUAUUAGAACAUGUGUAAAA